AUGCAAACUAGAGAAAAAUUAGGAGCGUAAGCAAAAAGAAUGCUUAAAAUACUCUCAGAUUUCAAAGGUUAGAUUAUAGAUGGUUACAAAGUAAUGUUAUGCAAUAAUUAGGUUAUUCUAACCUGCAGAGAUUUAGUGUUGCCUGAUAUAAAAAAGCUUAUAGAGCUUCUAUUCAUAUUUGAAGGCUUGGGAUUUAUUACUAGGAUAUCUAAAAAAAGAUUUAUAUAUUCUGGUUUAAAAGGGAUGACUGCUCGAAUUUUAGAGGGAGUAGAAAUUGCAUUAACACGAACUCAAUAUGAUAGAGAGCAUUGGCUUUUUUCAGAAGAUUUCAUCAUUGAAAAUAAAAAAUAUUCAAUCAGAUAAAGUGUCUACUUUGGAUUAUUUUAUCAGGAAAUUAUUACAUAAAUUUUUAGCAAUUAGGGUCGAAUGAUUGCUAGAGAUACAAUCGAAAAAUUGGUUGAGCAAUUGUAAUUGACUGCUAAAGAGCAAAGCAGUGCUCUAAUUAUAAAUGAAAUGGCUAGUAUAAUGACAAGUUUGAAUCUUUUAGACAAGUAUUUCUAAUUUGUUAUAAUUCAUAGGAGAAGUCCAGCUGAUGCUUACGAAACAUAUCUGUGGAUUGGACCAGACAUUCUACAUUAGUUUAUGAUUGAACAAUUAAAUCCGUAUUCGCUUCAAUUAAAAGAAUAAUUAACAAGUAAAGUGAAGUUAAAUUUCGAGAAGGAAUCCACUUAUUUUUCGAAUUUAUUUAGAGAUUUAGUGGAAUUUUAGGUUUAGGAUAAUGAAGUGAAAUUGCCCUUAGUAAACUUUCCAACUGCAGCAUAUGCACUAUUAAAAGGAAAGCAUAUAACUUACUAUAUAAAAAAACUAGCAAUAAUUAUCGGCAGAGCUAAUCAGACUAAGAAUAGCAAAUAUGAAUGGGACGUAGACUUAGCUUUAGAUUUAGGGUAAAAGAUUUCCAAAUAGCAUGCUGUCAUUUCUUAUAAUAUGGAUAAAGAAUUGUAAUAUUUAAAAUAUGAGAGUAUAGUUUUGAAAUAAGGUGCUUAAGCAAUAAAAAACCAAUAUAUGUAGACUCAGUAACAAUAACCUCUAAGGACAAUCCCGUUAUUUUGA